AUGAAGAACGCGUUAUUGAUUUGGGCUUAUGAAUCCGUCACAUGCUUCAGUGAGAGUUUUGGGAGAGUGAUCAAUAACGAAGACGUUCCGCUUUUGCAAUGGGGUGGAAAGCGUACAUGUGCAAGCUUUGAUAAAUUGUUAUCUGCCGAAAUCGAAAAGCAUGGCGAGGUGCGUGUGAGGAGAAUGGUUUUCAAGGACUCAAUUGAAGAGAUGUUUCCUAUUUGGCCGGGUGAAGAUGACGACCCACAACUCGUUAGGUUGAUAACAGACAUACAUUCAGGUAGAUUUGUGAAAGGUUUGUGGGAAGUGCAGGGGAAUGCAAAGGGGAAGGGGGAUGAGAAGAAGAGAAUGAAGAGUGGAGUUUCGUCAGAAGCUGAGCCACCCACUAAGAAGCAGAAGAAAGUUAAGACACAGAAUGAGUCUGAAGUUGAUGCAGCGGGAAAGGGUUCUAGCGAGAAGGAAGGUAGCAAAGAGUUGGAGUUGGAGAACAAAGCGACUCUAACGACCAUUGUGAGUACUCUGGAUAUUAUUUCUAGAAAAUUUGAUCAGGUUGAUUCACGGUUGGAAGCUUACGAGUUAGACCGGAACAGACCAUUGAUGGACCAAAAGACCAUUGAUGACAAGGUGAAUGCUUUACUGGAGGAGCGUCUGAAAUAUCUGGAGAUUGGGAAAAUUCCCAAAAACCAUGAUAACCCCUCUCCACCAAUAUCAGAUAACUCUUUAUCGAUGGCAUCACCGGUGGUUCGAACGCAUCAGAAGUCUGUCAAUAGUCCAGCAUUAGUAGCUGCAACUCUUGGGGUGAAAAGGACUUUGGAUGAGGAGUUUGGUAGUGUCGAUAAAGCUACUGAUAUGCAGCCUCUUGAUUUUGUAGUAGUUUCUCCUGCAAAGGCUACUAAGGAUGCUAAGGCUACUAAGGAUGAUAAGGCUGCUAAGGAUCCAGCCUAUGGACGCGGCUGCAGGCACAAGCGUAUUGUUGGUUCAAAGUACAAAAAGGUGACUCCACCGCGUGACGGUGUAACAAGAUGCAAGGUACAACCUGAUGUAGAGGACAGUUCAUUGGUUGAUAUAACUGACGAAGCUGUUGCAGAACAGAACGAAUUCACGCCGGAGUUUGAUGUCGAGAAUUCUGAAGUAGUUAGAUCUGCCAUAAUUAAGGACUACCGGGAGAAAAAUGUUCGGUUAACUCCAAAAGGGUUGUCAAUGACGGCAGUUUCUUCAUCAUUAGUUUUUCCGAAAGUACGACAUGAUGGAAUAACGUGCAUGAGGAAGAAUGUUACUCCUUCAUCAGCAAUGUAUGACCAUCUAGCACCUGUUGAUUCGGCGCUAUUGGAGAAACUUAUGCAACACAUCAAGGCAAUUCCAUCCAAACCACCAGCAGCACCAGGUAAAAAAGAAGUACUAACAGCUGAUCAUGAGAGUGACUUCUACAGCAUACUCAUCCAUGAGAGACCGUGGCCGGAGAAUGAGUAUGGAUGGGUGUUUCAUAAUUGGUAUGAAGAUGUGGAUCACUUGUACGGAUGUCUUCAAACCGGCGGAAAUCAUUGGGUUGCGUAUCACGUGGAUCUGAAGAAAGAGAAGAUUGAUUGCUAUGAUCCAAUCUUUGGAGAGGUAACACUCGAAAGUGAGCAGAGAAUUCUGAAUUCAUUUAAACCGCUGACGCAAAUGAUUCCCGCUAUGUUGAGUGUACAUAUUCCUGCCAAUAUCCGACCCAUUAGCAGGAAAAAGUUCUCAUUCAGAAGGAGGAGCAAAAGAUACACUCCACAAAACACUCAGGUUGGCGAUUGUGGGGUGUAUUCGUUGAAGUUUGUGGAGUGUCAAGCGCUUGGUGUAUAA